ACGUGCCAAAAUAGGACAACUUCAAGUAGCGAUCAAGCGUUUGGCAUUCACAACAACAGCAUGUUGCAGAAUCCUUCGAAAUUUCACCCGAAUCCGUUCUCCCACUUAUUGGCRUUGCAUAGUUCUCAGGCUGUGGCAAAUAGCAAYAUCAGCACUCAUCAAGCGAAUUUGGCURCGCUGCCGCCGGUCUUCGCGACGCAAAGCCAACUUCAGYUYCAACAUCAGCAACAGCAGCURCAGCAGCAACAGCAACAACAGCAACACUAUCAUAACAUUCACUCAACAAUGACGGGCACUAAUCAACAGCACAACAAUGCAUUUCUGCUGCGAAACCAUCCACCGCGUGAAUCACAGCAACAGCAACAGCAACAACAACAACACACAAACCACCCACUGCUAAAUCCAACGCAAACACGUACUCAAGAGAUAUUGGACACGACGAAUACCUCCCUCGAUAUGGGCAAGUCAUUCACGAUUGCCGCCAUUUUGGGCUUGCAGAAGAGCGCUAUGGAGAACAGUUGCAAAGACUACAACAAUGCAAUCAAUUUGUCGCUGAACAGCAAUGACGAUGACGUCGGCAAAGARUCUAGCCUUGGACGAUCGGCGCAAAGCACUCAAAGUAAUAAACAUUUCAGCGAUGAUGAGGUGGACAAUAGCGAGCAACAAUCACCGCAUUUGCAAACGUCCAAUGGCGCAGACAAUGCCAUCAAGUCGCUUCAACAGUGYGACAGGAAUACCAAUAAUAUGUUUCAUCGAAACGGCGGCCAUUUCGAUUGCAAUGGCAAUGUUGGCGCAGCGCUGAUACACCGUUAUUUGCCUAUUCCAGUCUCGUCUAAGCAAACAACGGCAGCGACAUCGUCAUUUGUUGCGGCAGCGGCGGCAGUAACGCAACACCAUCAUCAGCAACAACAGCAGCAGCAACAAAAUCUUUUAAUGUCGCAUGUCCGUUCGGUGGCAUCAGCCGCUGCCGCAGCAUCAGGUGGCACAUCGUCUGCGCUUCAGAGCCUGCAACAGCUGCAUCAACAUCACGCUCAGCAAAGCUCACUGAACCUACAACGUGAAAAGCAUAAAUCAGAGAGUAAUGGAAAAAAAUCUUCUAUGAAGAACAAGCGUGUUCGCACUAUAUUCACGCCCGAACAGUUAGAGCGAUUAGAAGCUGAAUUCGAGCGGCAACAGUAUAUGGUCGGUCCGGAGCGACUUUAUCUAGCACACACUCUACAGCUAACAGAAGCACAGGUGAAGGUGUGGUUUCAGAAUAGACGCAUCAAGUGGCGAAAACAUCAUUUGGAAAUCACACAACAACGACUCGCUCUCCUACGUCAAACACAAUUGCCGAGUACAGCGGAGAACUUGAGUGCUGGUAUUGCUGUAGGGACGCCUAUAUUGACCAAUAGGGGCAUGCCGAAUGCCAACACAAUGAAUUUAAACAACGAUGCACGAACUUCAUCGCCGAUUAGUUGUGGUGUUGAAGAUGCCGAUGAGCUUAGUAAACAAGGCGAGGAGUUUCAUUCUUUGAGUCGUGGCAGUCAUUCAAGUUCGGAAUCCGAUCUCUCUAUAUGUAAUGAUUCCAUUGAUGCCGGUAGUGCGGUGGAAGGUAUAGAGGAUACAUAAGACAUGUGACUUGGCACACGUUGGAGGCUGUACAUAUUAACUAUUAAAUACUGAA